CAGUCGUUGUGAGCAACUCGUGCGCGUUGGACGUGUUUCGUUUUUUAUCUCCCAACUAAAAACGACAAAAAAAAAGGUAACUGCAACCAACCCGAACCCCCCGCAACAAAAUAAAAAACGAGCGAACGAGGCAACCAGACAAGCAACGUUCCUCAAAAAAAAGUUAAAUAAAUAAAUAUUUAAAAACAUGAAACAAUUGUUGGUCAAUGGUGCAUGAAACUGAGCCAACAAAACGCAACGGAAAGUGAAGUGUGGUGAAGUGACAAUGGACGUCAAAGACAUCAAGGGCGCCAAGGUGACGCACGCGGGCUUAUUGAAGCACAACACAGAUGGCAGCACGGAGACCCAAAAGAUCACACAUGCCGGAUUGGUGGCCCGGAGUCCCGAGGGCACCGCUGCCAAGGGCAUGAAUAUACGUGGCAAUGAGGAUCUGUGGGUGGAAAUCCAGGCGAACACUUUUCGCAAUUGGGUCAACGAGCAUUUGCGAGAAACGGGCAUGCAGGUGCACGACUGGGCGACGGACUUUUGCGAUGGCACCUGUCUCUGUGCUCUGGUCGAGAGUCUGCAGACGCGUCCAUUGAAACCAUCCUGGAAUCGUCGACCGGCGAAUCAACAUCAUUAUCUGGAAAAUGCCACAACGGCCUUAAAGUCCAUUGAGGCGGAUCACAUUAAGCUGGUGAAUAUUGGCAACGUCGAUAUAAUCAAUGGCAAUAUCAAGCUGAUUCUGGGACUCAUCUGGUCGCUGAUUGUCCGCUAUCAAAUUGGACGCAGUAAAUUCCCGCCAAGGAAACUGAUGCUCGCCUGGUUGCAGGCGGCAUUGCCCGAUUGCAAGAUCAACAAUCUGACCACCGAUUGGAAUAGCGGCGUUAAUCUGGCCGCACUUCUCGACUAUUGUCAGCCGGGUCUGUUUCCCCAUUGGCGCAGUCUCGAUCCUAGUCAGAGUGUGCGCAACUGCACCAAUGCCAUGAAUCUGGCACAACGCGAAUUCGGUGUGCCCAAGGUGCUCGAACCGGAGUAUCUGGCAUCUCCCUGGCUGGAUGAACUAUCCGGCAUGACGUAUUUAUCGUAUUUCAUGAAACCAGGCGGACCUGGCUAUAAUGCCACAAUGCGUUGGGUUAACACUCAGGUCAAGGAUCCGGUGAAAAACUUUACGAGCGAUUGGAACGAUGGACGCGUGUUUUGCGAAAUCAUCAAGGGGCUGGGAGGUUCGGCUCCUGCGCCGGACAAGCUCAGCACGGAUCCGUUUCACUACGAGAACAACAUAAGGAAGGCCGUCGAUGCGGGCGCCAAGCUGGGAGUGCAGCCCAUAUUGACGCCCAAGGACAUGGCGAACCCGGAAGUGGAGCAUUUGGGCAUUAUGGCGUAUGCAGCGCAUCUACAGUGGGUGCCACCGCGUCCCCCACUGUCCGACCUUGUCAACGUUUACUUGGAGAGCACAUCCGGCCGUGUGGGCGAACCGACGCAUUUCCGCAUCGAUGUAAUGUCCAGGGACAUCAGUUUGAGUUCCGUGCGCUGUCAUGUGUUGCCUCCAUCCGGACAUCCCGGUCAACCUGUCCGUCUCAAUCCUCAUGGCGAAGGUGUCUUUGUGCCGGAACGUUAUGGCAUGCACGAGAUUGUUGUGGAAAUUGGCGAGGAUUCUCUUGGUGGACACUUUUUCCGUGUGCUGCCACGUCUCAUGCAGGUGGCGCCACCUGGCAUGGCACCCUGUGCCCUGGGCAGUCUCGUUGAGGUGCUGGUGAAUGCCACAGGGGCACCCAAGACGGAAGACAUUCUGGUCACGGCUGUGUCGCCCACGGGAAUCUCCCACAACUGUCCGCUGAAGAAGAUCGACGAGGGACACAGUGCCAUAUUCAAGCCGGACGAGGCGGGCAUCUGGGAGAUUGCCAUCACGUACCAGGGACGUCACAUCCAAGGCGGUCCCUUCACCUGUGCCGUCUUCGAUGCCUCCGGUGUCUCUGUUCAUGGUCUCGACGGUGCGAUGCCUCUGCGUGCUCACACCUUCGAGGUGGAUGCCCGUGGCGUGGGCGUCAGUGGUGAACUCCAUGUGGACAUUGUCCACGACAAGCACUCGUUGGUCUGCUCAGUGGAGAAGAUCGUGGAGAACAAGUAUCGAGUGACGUUCAUGCCGCGUCAGAAUGGCAAAUAUCGCGUCUACAUCUAUUUCAAUGGCUACGACGUUAAGGGAUCGCCCUUCAUCAUGCGCGUGGGCACCAAGGGACGUUCGGGGAAGACCCGAAGCAGUCCGUUGCAUGAGAGCAAACAUCGCUCGGAGAGUCCAUCGAUGCACUUCAUCUCGACGACAAAUGCACGUCAUAAUGACUAUCGCAAUGCGUCGCUUUCUCGCCGGGAACUGCACAGUCACAAUACGGCGGAGAGAACCAACAGUUACUCACCGCAGUAUUCGCCCAAACUAGAUUCAACCGAUUAUCACAGCUCCAGCUCCAGAUAUUACAAAAGGGAGAGCGAGGAGAAUCAAGCGUCCCCAACACCACCGAGUGGUUCACCCACCGUGAAGUAUUUGAACUCUGCCGAUCUGUAUACGGAAUCGGCAGCCGGUGGACGUCGGGACUCAAAGACCUCGAACAGCAGCUCGACCAAGAAUGAUUAUUACUACGACAAGGAAAAUGAACUCUACAGUCAACGGCGGGUGACCGCAAAACCCAAGUUGGCAGCACCACGCGAGGAGCGGGAAUUGAUGAGCAACCACCAUCAGCAGAGUAACCACCACAGUAGCAGUAGCUAUCAACGCCAUCAACAUCAACAGCAGCUGACGAGCUCUCUAAGUCCAAUUCCUAGUCCCACACUCAAUACGCGCUCCAGCGAACUGCAUUCUCAUAGUCCUUUGACCAUCAAGACAUCAAAUCAAUUUGAGAGCUCCACUCGGAACAUUACAAGCAGCCCUCGUCACGCCUCCGCCUCGCCGGUGCAGCGUUAUUCACCCAACAGUGCCUACAUUUCGACAGCCACACAUCGCAUUGGGAGUCCGGUGACCAACACCCUCAACAAGAACGGUUACGAGUCAUCGCGCACUGUGGAGAAGUCAUCGACCUACAAGUCGACCUCGAAUUAUGUGACGGAUUCAAAUGUGCGAGCGAGUCCCUCGCUCUAUGGAACCACGGAGCGAUUGCGUCGGAUUGAAUCGCAGGAACCACGAAUCGAUCACUCGUCGAAUGUUCGUGUAUCCACCAUGAAACCGGCAUCGGCACGUCGGGAUAGCUGGGAUGUGAUCAAUAAGACGAAGCACAUGCUCUCGCACAAUUCGCUCGAAUCCUUGGCGAACAUGACGGAGACGCAGCUGAACACGGAAUUGAACUAUGCACGGCCCGAUUUGGACAACGAGACACAACGCAACACACAGUACAACAAGUUCGCAUUGCACAAGCAACAACAACAACAGCAACAGCAGCAACAACUGUCAGACUAUCGACGGGACUCACCCGACGAUGUGGAGCGCUACAAACCCAGUGCCAUCACAGUCAAGUCACACUCAAAUAACACGUAUACGGACAGAUCUGGCGGUUAUACCAAGACCGUCAAGGAGUCCAGCGAGCAUGUGGUGACGGAAAGCAAUGGACACAGUCCUCAGACGGGAACUGGCUAUGGUUACAGCUCCCUCUCCCGUUUCCGACCCAUCGAAGGCAAUGCAACCGGUGCUAGAGCUAUACGAGUACAGGAUAUACCCAAUGGAUCCAUCGGAAGACCCGUUGAGUUCGAAAUCGAUGGCUCCAAGGCAGGUUCCGGCAAUCUGGAAAUUCUUGUUAAUGGCGGACGUGUCACGUCCUCGGUACGCUCUUUGGGCGGACAACGUUUUAUCGCCAGCUUUACACCCCACGAACACGGAACACACACCGUUCAGAUCACCUUCAAUGGAGAAACGGUGCCAGGUUCACCGUGGCACGCUGAGAUCAUGUCGUCACCCGGAUUAACCGCUCUGGGCGAAUCCACACGCCUUGUGCCCGCCAAUACACCGGCGGUUUUUGAGAUACUGCCGCCUCCUGGACAAAGCCUGAGUAAAGGCGAGUGCGUGGCAACGGUUCUGACCCCAAACAAGUCAAAGCUGAAUGCCAGAGUCACCCAUGAGGCGGCAAAUGGUGCUGCACGCAUUGAGUUCGUACCCACCGAGGUGGGAACGCACAUCAUUGAUGCGUCCAUCAAUGGCACGAAGAUCGCUGGAGGACCUUUGAUAGCAAAGGUCUACGAUGCCAGCCUGAUCCAAGUGACCGAAGUGAAUGGCGGCGUUGUUGGUCAACCCUGUCAAUUCCGUGUGGACGCGAGUGCAGCGGGCGAGGGACAACUGGAGAUAUCGAUAAAUGAGGGCGAGGUGCCCAAUCAUGUCCAGGUCGUGGGCGGUGGUCGUUGUCUCGUCUCCUUCACACCGGAGCAGGCAAAGUCCCAUUUGAUUGACAUUAAAUUCAAUGGCGAGACGGUUCGGGGUUGUCCCUUCGUCUGUGCCGUGGCGGACACCUCCCGUGUCCUCAUCAAUCUAUCCAAUCUGGAGCUCAUACCCGUCAAUCGACCCUCGUCCUUUCACAUCACGGUGAGCGGUGGCGGUGCCGCUGAACUUGCGGUCAGCGUUCGUGGACCACACGGGGAGCUCCCAGUACGCGUUACUGGUGACAUUCAUGCGGGAUUCACCGCUGAAUUCACUCCUGCCAGCGUCGGUGGACAUUCGAUUAAUGUGGAAUAUAACGGAUUUGCGGUGCAGGGCACCCCCUUCUUGGCCAAGUCAUAUGAUGCCAGCAAGGUAGUAGUUGGUAGCGUCUCCCGUGGCACAAUGGGUCGACCUGUACAAUUCACCGUGGAUGCGGGUGAUGCGGGUGAGGGAAACCUCGAGAUUACCAUAUCGGCCAAGGGACAGAAUAUUCCCACACAGGUGCAUCCCCAGGGCAGUGCAAGAUUCUCCGUUUCGUUUGUGCCAACGGAGUCGUGUGAGCACACUAUCAAUGUCUCCUUCAAUAAAAUGCCCGUACCCGGCUGCCCCAUCACGGUCAGCAUAAGCGGGGGCGUGGCCGGGCCUCAGGUAUCCCUAGGUGGACCUGGACCCGUGCAUCAGACCAAUUCUUUUGUUAUCAAUCACAAUGGCGGCCGUUUGGAAGACAUUGAGGUCAACGUCGAAGGUCCAGCUGGGCAAUCAGUUCCUGCCCAGGUGCAUCAAUCCGCCGAGGGUGUCUUCAAGGCCGAGUUUGUGCCCCGAGUUGUCGGCGAACAUCGCGUCAAUGUGACUGUCAACGGUUUGCCCACAGCCGGCAGUCCCUACGCCGCCAAGGUGUAUGAUGUUAGCGCCAUCAAGGUGAAGAAUGUGAGCAGUGGAACGGUGGGCAAGCCAGUUACCUUCCUGGUGGAGACAUCCCAGGCAGGACCUGGCAAUCUGGAGGUGACUGUGAAUGGCGGACGAGUUCCCACCUCAGCUCAAGCCCAGGGUCAACACACCUAUGCGAUCAGUUUCACGCCUCGGGAGGCCGAGAGUCACACGGUGGAGUUGCGUUUCAAUAGCCAGGAUGUUCCCGGUUCCCCAUUCACCUGUCGAGUGGCGGCUGCGGCGCGUAUUCAAUCCCCCGAGACCAUGGAUAAGGUGAGCGUGGGAAGACUCUUUGAGUUUGUCGUGGAGUCGGACACAAAGCCAACGGUGGAGGUCUUGGGACCGGCAAGACGCAGUGUUCCCGUUAAGAUCGAUGCACUGGGUUCCUCCCUCGGGUACAAUGUGAAAUUCGAACCCAUGGAGGUGGGAGAUCAUUCCGUGGAGGUGCGUCUACCAGGAGGUGGUCAUGUGGAGGGUAGUCCCUUCCUGCUAAAGGCCUACUCCGCCGAGAAGGUUAUUGUAACGGAUAUACGACCGGGAGUGGUCAAUAAGAGCGUAAGCUUUGGCAUCAAUGCCUCCCAGGCGGGCGCAGGUAAUCUGGAGAUCAUUGUCGCUGUCAACGGCAAAAAUGUCCCGAAUUUUGUGCAAUCGGAGGGAAAUGCACGCUUCAAGGUGAACUUUAAGCCGACGGAGGCAGCUGCUCACUCGCUCUCCGUGAGAUUCAAUGGACAUCCUGUGCCAGGAUCCCCUUUUAGCUGCCACAUUGCAGCUGCCACACCGACUUCCUUGGGUCUGCCACGUGCCCAGGCGAUUGGGGAGUGUCUUAAACAAGCAGCCGUCAAGAUGGACAGUACCUUUGAGCUAGAGGGAUUCGAUUCCAUUGAGCCGCAGAUAUUUGUGACCUCCCCAUCGGGGGACAACGAGCAUUGUCAGCUGAGUCAGCACGAUGGAGGCAGCAGUUACAGUGCCUCCUUUCGUCCCAGCACUGUGGGUCGUCAUCUGAUCAGUGUUUUGGCAAGUGAUCAGCACAUCAAUGGUUCCCCCUUCAGCUGUAAUGUCUUUGAUGUCUCCCGUGUCAGCAUCAGCGGAUUGGAGCAACAAUAUGGUCCUGUCACCUUGGGAGUACCGGUCACCUUCAGUGUGGAUGCAGCGGGAGCGGGAGAGGGAACUCUAGAGCUGGUUGUGUCCACCGACAGCAGCACCGUCAAGGCCGAGGUGGUGGCCUGUGCCCGUGGGCUCUACGAUGUGACCUUUGUGCCACAGAGCACGGAACCACAUUAUGUCAACAUUACCUUCAAUGAGGUGGCCGUGGAUGGUAGUCCCUUCCGCGUGGACAUCCAACAGCAUACACAGCACAUUCAGAUCGGCAGCUUGGCGGCCAUUGAUUUCCCAGCUGAUGAUCAGAUCGUUGAGAUCCUCGCUCCGGAUCAGAAACCCGUACCGUACACGAUCAACCGACAGACGGCGGAGUUCCGAACUCACAUGACUGGGAAUUAUACGCUCAGGUUCAUCGAUCGGGAGACACGACAGCACAUUGGCACUCGUACUCUCUGCGCCUUUGAUCCCAUGCUCGUGAAGAUCACCGAGGUGGGCGAGGCCUUGUGUCAUCGUCCCGCCAGCAUUGGGGUUUCCCUGAACGAGGCCGGACAGGGAGAUCUGUCUGCCUUGGUUCGCUGUGGCGCCACCGAGGUGCCACACACCAUCCGCGGUCCCAGCAAGUCUGGUGUCUAUGAGAUUGUCUAUCAACCCACUCGUGUGGCGCCCCACAAAAUCAGCAUCCUCUUCAACGAUGUCCCCAUCUCCCUGAAACCCCUCGAGAUCAAUGUACUACCCGCAAGUGCCGGCAAGGAGAUCAGCGUCAGUGGAUUGGGACUCUAUCAAGCACGGGUGGGCAAAACCACCUCCUUUGCUAUCGACACUGUGAAGCGUCCGGCGCGUGAGUUCGACGUUGUCGUCUCUGGUCCCGGCGGACAGGCGUUGCCCGUUCGCUGUUAUCAGACCAAGAACGGACAUCUGCAGGCCGAGUUCAGCAUUAAUAAGCCAGGACAGUGUGUCAUCGAGGUACUUCAUCAAUCGAAGCCUUUGCCCGGCAGUCCCUUCACCUGCGAGGCAUUUGACAGCAGCAAGGUGAGUGUCCAAGGAGUCACCAAGGAAACAUUGGCGCUGCACAGCUCCAAUAGUUUUACUGUACGCACGGACAAUGCCGGCACCGCUGAAUUGGAAGCAUUUGCCAUUUCGCCGACGAAUCAAAGUCUGCCCGUUUUGAUCAGCGAACAGAGCGAGGGAAUCUACAACGUGGAGUUUGUGCCCUCACAGCCGGGCAACUACAAGUUGACAGUGAUGUACGGCGGAGAGACGAUUCCCAGUUCUCCGCUCAGCUUCAGUGCAUCCGCGAGUGGAGUGCGCAACGAUGCGCGGGCAGCGGGACAUGGACUCGAGGUGUGUCAUCGGAACAAGGAGGCCUCCUUUGUCGUCUAUUGCCCCAUUGCGCCCAAUGUGCAGAUCGAACGCGUGGAUGAGUUCGGGGAACGCAUAGAGCCGAAGAUCAAGGCGCUGGGCAACAAUGAAUGGCGCAUCUCCUACGUUAUUUUAUCCGUAGGCAGCUAUGAGAUUCGCGCCAGUUGUCCAAAUCGUGGCAGCUUGCCGGGAUCACCGUGGCGCGUCUGCUGCGUGGAGUCCACGAAAGUUACUCCGGUGGGUGGUUGGGGCACCUUGGUGGAUCACGACGGUCGCCUAAUACUCCCCUCACGCAUUAUCUUCGAUGUGGAGAAUGCGGGACCCGGGAAACUGGUCUGCAGCAUCGAUGGCAUUGAAAUACCCGUGGAUAAGUUGCCCGACGGCAAGAUGUGUCUCAAUAUUACGGGUGACAAUCUGGCAGCGGGUGAGCACGAUCUGGACUUGACCUGGAGUGGCCUUACCAUCACCCAGUGUCCUCGCAGUGCCUUCGUCACGGGUCAACAGGCGGCGGAUAAGGUGGUGCUCAUGGGUCGCGGAUUGGCAGCCGCUCAAGCUGGCGAGGCGGCGCACUUCACCAUCGAUGCCUCCAAUGCCCCAGCGGGCCGACCAGAGGUUAUAUUGAUUACCCAAGAUAGCACUGCACUUCCGGUGAGUCUAGCUCAGCCACGUCCCAGCGAGAACAUCUGGUUGGCUUCCUACACACCCCAGAAAUCCAUGACGGGCACUUUGACGCUGUCCGUCAAGUGGAAUGGUCGCCUGGUCAAGGGUUGUCCCCUCACCGUUGCAGUUGGUUCCUCCAUGGAUGCCUCCAAGGUGAUUGCAUCCGGCGAGGGACUGCGACACGGCAUUGUUGGCAAGGAUAUCAAGUCCUGGAUUGACACACGACGUGCCGGACCCGGAGAACUCACAGCCCACUGUGCCGGCUCUCGGAAGGUGGCCUACUGCGAACUGUAUGAUCACGGCGAUGCCACCUUCACUCUAAAUAUUAAGCCCCAGGAACCGGGUCGUCAUCUGCUCACCAUCAAAUACGGCGGACAGAAUGUGCCGGGCUCUCCGUUUGCCCUUAAAGUAGCCGGAGCACCCGAUGCCAGCAAGGUGCGUGUUUACGGCCCUGGCAUAGAGCACGGCGUGCUGGCCACCUUCCAAUCGCGUUUCAUCUGCGACACACGUGGAGCGGGCGCCGGUCAGUUAACGGUGCGAGUGCGAGGACCCAAAGGCGCCUUCCGCGUCGAGAUGCAACGCGAGAGUCAAAAGGAUCGCACUAUUCUAUGCAAGUACGAUCCGACGGAGCCUGGCGAUUAUCGUGUUGAGGUGAAAUGGGCUGGUGAAUUUGUGCCUGGCUCCCCGUUCCCGGUCAUGAUCUUUGACACUGAGGAGGAGUUACGAAGGUAUCUGCAGGGCAUAUGAGGCCAGCUCAACCAUCAUGUCAUCGUCUUCCCCAGUGGCCUGAGUCCCCUGCCCAUAAGGUAUCAGCCCCAACAUCCGCUUCAGCAUCAGCUUCAGCUCCAGCCUCAUCCGCAACCGCGUCGUGCCACAACCUGUGUGCCGCUCUAGCGAAUCUAACAAAUAUCGGAGCUACAACAUAUCUAUUAUCAACUAUUAUAUAUAUAUAUACGAGUAUAUAAAUGUUACGACUACUAACUAGAGUUUAGUUUAAAACCCGAAACCGAAACCGAACGAAACAAUCAUGAGUCUAAAAAGUCUAAAAUGGCUUCGGCGCUACGUUGAAUAGAUUUCUGUUCUUAUAGUUGUAAGCCUAAUCUUUAUUAUGAUAAUAUACAAUGUUAUAAUUGAUCGAAAAGUGUAACAAAGUAUUCGAUACAAAUACACAAAAUAUGAUACAACUUAA